CAUAGUCUCACUGUAACCUCACAAACGACCUUAAUCUCAGAUGAUCUUACCAAGUUCACCACUCUAACUCUACACAAUCUCAGAAUUUCUAUUCUCACAACCAUGGCGGCAGCCAUUGCCAAAACCAUCGUAGCCACAGGGGCUUCAUCCGGACUGGGCUUUGAACUAGUCAAGCAGCUCCUGGCGCAGCCGACACAGGCCUACCGGUUCAUCCUGGGUGCGCGGGACGUCGGCCGGACACAGGCGGCCUACGACGCGCUCCGGUACGACGCGGGGCGGCACAGCCUCACGGUUCUGCCGCUUGAGCUGUCCGACCUGGGAGGCAGCGUCAGGGCCUUUGCCCAGCAGACGCUGCAGCGCCUGGGGCCGGACGGCAAGGUCGACUACCUGUUGCUCAAUGCCGCCAUUGCCAACGGGGCGGAGAAACAGGGUCCAAAAGGGUCCCGCUGGUGUGAGGCUUAUGUGGUUAAUCAUCUUUCGCAGCAUUACCUUGUCCAUUUGCUCCGUGAGAAGUUGGUUGCUUCCAAGGCGAGGAUUGUGUUUGUAUCAUCAGGGGCGGUUCGGAGGGUGCAGGACACAGCCAGUCUGGAGAAUGACCUCAAAGGCGGCUCUGGCAUUCCCGGCCAGACGACGUACAGCCAGACCAAGUUUGUCCAGCUGCUAGGAGCGCACUGGUGGCGACGCCAGUUGAGAGGACAGUGCACUGUCGUGGCCGUCUCGCCGGGUCUCAUUCCCGACACGGGACUCGGCCGGGGUUCGGGCAUGAAGCUGAGUAUGGACAUGCCAGACGCUAAGACCGUCCCUGAAGGUGAGAUAGUUUCUGUCACCUCAGGAGCGGCAAGCAUCCUCCGCGCCUUCACCAGGGACGAUUUCCCAGAGGAUCCCGACCAGAUCUUUCUCACCAGCUGGGGUGAGUGGUGGAGCAAGGAUGUCUACGGGCUGACGUUGGAUAAGGCGCUUCAGGAUAAAUGGUGCUUGAGCAAGGAGGAGAUUGAGAAGGAGGAGGGCUUGACUUCAUAA